CGAGCUGAAGUGGACUUGGUCAGCACUUUUUGGGCCACUGACCGAGACCAGUCUUCGCUGAAUAACUCGCUUUCUCGGUCAAACUUGGACUUUCCAACCCAGAUCUUCCUUCCUACGUGUCUUCUUUGCAACUCAAACGAACUCCAUUUAAAUACGAGACCUUCAAUUCAUUCUGUAAGCAUCAAGCCUUCGCUCCAUCAACCUUACUUCCACACUCCUCUCUCUCUGCUCUACCCUCAAACCAUUCAAGAACAAAUCAAUCUAAUUUCAAAACCCUUCUGGCUACUUCCAUGUUUAUAGCUCCUACUUUACCAUUCAACGGUUCUUCCAUAUUUCCCUCGUUUCGAGUUCCAGAUCCACUGCAGAAGAAGAAGCCGCUGGUUCUAGCUAAAAGUGCAUUCCCAGAGAGUAGAAGCGGCGCUCUCUGACAUGAACUAGAUAUAAAGCACCAUAUUUCUCGAAGACAAGGUCAUUACUCUAACGAGAUUGUACAAAAAUGGAGGAUAAAAUGAGGUGGGAGCCAAGCAUACUCAUGAAUGAGCUGCUUCAAGGAAUGGAGGCAGCGAGGAAGUUGAGCGCAGAUUUUAGGACAGAAUCUUCAGUAGAGACCAGGGAUUUGCUGGUACAGAGGAUAUUAUCAUCUUAUGAAAAGGCUCUACUAAUUCUGAAAUGGAAUGCAUCAAAUACCGAUCCUCUUCCCAUAGAGGGAGUUUCUGGUUUGCCGCCGGAGUCUCCAAUGUGUGCCAACGUAAGCCCUUUGAGAGAUGACAUUGACGGAGACAUCAAAGAUCACCCUGAAUUUAAAUUAGACUCCAAGAAAAGAAAGAUGAUGCCCACAUGGAUGGAACAAGUAAGAUCUAGCUCAGAGACUGCCCUUGAAGGACCCCAUGAUGAUGGCUUCAGCUGGAGAAAAUAUGGACAGAAAGACAUCCUAGGUGCCAAAUAUCCUAGGAGUUACUAUAGGUGCACUUUCCGCAAGACUCAGAACUGCUGGGCCACGAAGCAAAUACAAAGAUCAGAUGAAGACCCUACUGUAUUUGACAUCACUUACCGAGGAAGGCAUACUUGUUCCCUGGGAAAUAAUUCUGUUCAACCACCUAAGUCCCCAGACAAACAGGAGAAACUAAAUAAUUAUGAAAGUGAUAUCCGCCAUCACGAGCCAUUACAAGAGAGCCUAGUGAAAUUUAGAAAUAACUUGAGUGUCAGUACAGGUAACCUUCAACACGACGAGAUGGCAAAUCCGUUUACUUUCCUUUCAACUUCCUCUGGAUACAUCACACCAGAAAGCCACAAUUUACCUCCCUUGGCACUAGAGAAUGAUUCCUUCUGGGGGAACCUUUCACAAACAGACAUGCUGUCCCCAAACACGCCACAAUCAUACUAUUUACCAUCUCUGUCUUUCAAGAUGGAUGAGUUCCAUGGCAUCAAACACCAGCCAUGCUCGGAAUCUGACAUUACUGAGAUCAUUUCAGCCAACACAUCAGCCAGCAAUUCUCCAAUUCUUGAUUUUAAUUUCCCUAUUGAUCCAGCGGAAAUUGAUCCAAAUUUCCCCUUUGACACGCCUGGGCUUUUCCCAUAAUUUUGAGCAUUAGAGAUGUACCAUACGAAUAAUUUUCAAUAUUUGCUGCAAGAACUGAUCAAUCACGCCUGUUAACCAUACCACGAACUCUUAGAUAGGAAAGCUGUAGAUCACAAAACAAUGGAGCAGCAAUGAUAGCAAUAAGAAAUUUCACUGUAGUUGAGAUUGCAA